AGAUCCGUAAGUUCACAUGGUUCUUUCCUGACCCAGUAAGCGUAUUACGCGCUCUCAGCGUCCGUGAAAGUAGCCGCACCCACCAAAAUCGCUGGUUCGCCUCAUCUGCUGUUGUUAUGGUUUCCCUCCACAAAAUUCAAAAUCUUCUCUUCGAGGUGAGUGGGUUCCAGAUUAGUGGAUGUUACAUUGAUAUUGAGAAAAUUUGCGAAAGUGGGUUUUUGAUUUUGCAGAUUGGGAGUUGAAAUUAGUUGUGGGUCAGUUAGGUAUUCAUUAAUUCACGAUGAGUGGAGAUAAUUUGACAGAUGAGGUCAGUAAAAAGCGAGCUGUGUUGGGGGACGUGACUAAUACGGUAGGUAAAAGGGGCUUUUCGCUGGGCUCCGGGGAUUUUGUGCUUAAACCUGGAGGAGAUACUGAAGAUGCAGAUAUACAGUUGAGGAAACAAAUAUGUUUAGGAUUGGAGAAUUUGGUCAAAGAGAAGUGUAAAAUUGAAAAUUUAGUGGAUGCUAAAGAGAAGGGGUUGUCAGUGCAGAAGGAUUCAUUGCCGGCAAGCAGUGCAUUUGAAAUCUCGCAAGAGAAUGCUGCUUUUGUUACAGAAAAAAAUGCACCAGCAGUUAAGGAGGCAUCUGGUUUGGUUGAUGCUGGUGACAAUUCAUCUAUAAUAGGGGAUUCAGUGACCAAAAGUUGUUUGGGAGUUGAUGAUGCCUCAAGGGACAGUUGUGCGUCUAGGGGCACAUUGCCCACGCAUUCUGAAGGAAAUUCUCAAGAUGGAGAAGAUAAAGAGGUUAUAGGGAGCAAUCCAGGUCUAGAGGGAUUAGUUAGUCCAGUUUUUAACAGUGAAAAUAAGGAUAUUGGUUUUGGUAGAUUUGCUGCAAACAAAUAUGGGUCUGUUGAGUGGUCAAGGUUGCGAAAUGCACAGGAUUCUAAAUCAUUUGAAUUGGAAAGAUGCACAGGCCUAAAGAGCAAUACUUGUGUAAAUUUGGAGGCAGGGGAUGAUUUGCUGAAAGCAUGCUCUUGUUCCUUCUGUUUGAAAGCUGCUUAUAUCUGGUCAGACCUCCAUUAUCAGGACAUCAAAGGCCGCAAAUCUGUGUUGAAGAAAAGUCAGAAAGAAGCAAGCCUCUUGGUUUCAAAGAUGGGGAGAGGAAAGCAGAGUGAAAUUCAUCAUGGCCAAGAGAGCUCCAAAAUUUCAACAAAUCUAGAAUCUGACCUUACAAGUCAGUGGAGAUCGCUGUUUCUUCAUAUGGAGGAUAUAUUUGCUCAUGAAAGUGACCAACUUCAUGCUAAUUUCGUGAUGCUAAAAGAAAUGAGAGAGAACUGCAAGAUGGAUCUGGAAAGACAAUAGGGCGUUUCCAAUGUCUUUGACGAUUGUAAUUGAGUAAGUGUAUGGAUUUGAACACAUGAUCUUAUCAUUUUCUUGUUGUAAAAGUUGUGUGCAUUAGUUAUAUGUUAGUUGUGAUAUAGGUUUCUGCUGUUGUUGACAAUCUGUUAACAAAUUUUACAUGAUAGAGAAUGGACAAAAUAGCUGUGCUUUUCCUU